AUGCAAAAGUUAGAAACAUCAUUUAUGAUGAUUUUUUGGAAUCAUAUAUUAGAACGAUUUAAUGUAUCUAAUAAACAAUUACAAUGUGUUGAAAUUGGAAAUGAUAAAGUUUCUCAGAUUUAUACAUCACUAAUUAAUCUAGUUCAAAAAACCCGAGAUAAUUUUGAUGAAUAUGAAACUAGAGCAAAAAAAAUAUCAAAGACUACCGAGUACAAUUUUGGUAUAUCUCGACAAAAAAAAAAAAAAUUACACUUCGAUGAAAAAACUGAGCAACCAACCGAGUUAAUUGGUAGGGAUAAAUUUCGAGUUGAAACAUUUUACGUAAUUAUUGAUAAGAUGACAAAUGAACUUAAGAAAAGACAACAGGCCUUCAAAGCGUUUUGUGAUAUAUUUGAAGUACUACUAAAAAUUACAUCUUUAAAUUCUUUGGAAAUAGUUAAGUUUGCUGAGAAAUUGCAAAAAAUGUACCCGAAUGAUUUAGACAAUACUUUUUCGUCAGAAUGCUUACAUUUACAAUCUUAUUUAUUGAAUAGUGAUAUCGAUAUUGACGUAAAUAAUUUAACUCCUAUCACACUGUGCCAGUAUUUAAGAGAAAAAAGUUUACACAUUGAAAUAUUUCCAAAUAUUGACACAGCAUUAAGGAUUUUUGUGAGUGUACCAGUGUCCAAUUGUACUACCGAGAGAUCGUUUUCAUGCCUCAAACGCGUAAAAAACUAUUUAAGGUCCACCCAAACUGAUGACAAGUUGAAUAAUUUAGCAUUAUUUUCGAUAGAGAAUGAAAUGCUAAGCGAAUUGAAUUGUGAAGAUUUAAUAGACACAUUUGCAAGAACCAAAUGUCGACGUAAACCGAUCGUAUAA